UUUUAUGCUACAGUUGAGUCUGUCACCUAAACGGAACGCCGGAACCGAACCGCAAAACAGCUGAUCGGUGUAACCAAAUGGCGAGUUGUCAAAGUGUUGUAAACACUUUGAGCAACUGAUCGACGUCGCGAUCUCGCAUGUGGUACAAUGUCAGGGAACUACUACUUUGCAAUAAUCGGACAUGCGGACAAUCCGCUCUUCGAGAUAGAAUUCAAUAAUUCUAAUAAAGAUGCUAAGAAAGAAGAUCACAGACAUCUGAGCCAGUUUAUUGCUCAUGCGGCCUUGGAUCUGGUCGACGAGCACACAUGGAAAACUACCAACAUGCACCUGAAAAUGGUUGAUAAAUUCAAUCAGUGGUUUGUUAGUGCAUUUGUUACAGCAACUCAAAUUAGAUUCGUCAUGGUUCACGAUAGCAAAAAUGAAGAUGGCAUUAAGAACUUUUUUAACGAGAUGUACGAAACGUACAUCAAAUAUUCCAUGAAUCCAUUCUACAAACUGAAUACACCGAUCAGAUCUGUAGGAUUUGAGAAAAAGGCUCAACUUUAUGGACGAAAAUAUUUAUCGUCAUAAUGUGUUGAUGCUAUCAUCUCCAAUUUACCUAUGGAAAGGUUAAAUCUUACAUUUAUAAUCGGUUACAAGUAUAGGUUUCCGAAUUUAACCUGAUGAGUUUAAGAAACAAGUUAUAUAGAUGAGAUACGUAUGCCUGAUGUGAAUGAGAAUAAUUUGUAUUGAAUAAAGUCCAUGAAAUACCACUGA